AUGGAAAAGGACAUUUGCUGUCGGCAACGAAAGAAGAAAGAAGUCGUAUACGACGACUGCAUAGUCGAGGACUCCUUGUCCCAAGGUGACUGGCUCAUCGAGGAGGACCCAAACGUGGAUUACGACCUUCUCAGAAAAUUGACCAACAAGAAAUUGCUGGCAAGAAGAGGGACACUGAAGCUUGAUCCGAAUGCAUCGCACAUUGAGCGGUUAGUAGCAAACACUAGCUGCAGAAAAGCGUUGCAGGAGGAUCUUUCGAAAUACAGGCAGAAGAUUUUGGAAGGAGCACAAUGA